UCCUUCCCCUUUCUCACCCCCAUCGCAAUCGUUCCCUCUUUCCUUCACUAUCCCCAUAUCGUCUUUCUACCAUCAUCGCCUUUCCACAGUAGUAUCCUCAUCCCAGUAAACAUCCUAUUCACUUCAAGUUUGUAUCCGUACACAACGGAUCUUUCCUUCUCCCUACACUUUUCUCUUUCUUUCCUUUUCACAUUUCACAUUUCACCCAAGGGUGUUUAACCUUCCGCUCGACCUUUCCGAUUUCCGACCUUGUAGACUUUAUUGUUUCUACUAAUAAACUUUCAUUCACUAGACUUGUUAAUACUUUUCAUACAUUUUACAUAGUUUCACAUUGUCAAGAUGACACUCGCUACCGCUGUCGUAUUCGCCAUCCUUGGGUUCGGCGGAGUGAACGCUCAAUCAUCCGCUACGUCUGCUUCCGGAUCUCCCACCUCAUUAUCUGCCACUGGGUCAACAACAUCAGCAGCGGCAGGAUCGACAGAUCCUAAUUUACCUCAAACGCCAUUGGUCACUUCCGCUCCUUUCGGAUUCCAACUACCGGCGUUGUCAGAAUUGACUUCUGGCCAACCGACAGAAUCGACAGUCCCACUCGAUACUACUUACACUGGUGGAGUCUCCCCCACAGCUGUUUCAGGAGCACCUACAACUCCUACGGGUACACCGAACCCUGCCAACUAUCCGGCUCUGGAUGUGAUCCCUAGUACGAACUCUUCCUUAGUUCAAUCAUGGCUUGCUAAGAUCGACAUGUCCAAAAUUCCCAAUUACGGAGUAACUUCAGGUGAUUGUGCUGGUUCUCCCGGUGCCAUCACCGAUGGACGUUGUUGGUGGACUUGUGGAGGUUGUACUCGUGAAACCGACAUCACCGAAUGUCCCGAUAAACUCACUUGGGGUCUCUCAUUCGACGAUGGUCCCUCACCUUACACACCUUUAUUACUCGACUAUCUCGAUUCCAUGUCACUUCACACCACUUUCUUCAUCGUUGGUUCCCGUGCCAUCUCCAGACCCGAAAUUCUGUUGUCGGAAUACAUGGCAGGUCAUCAACUUUCCGUUCACACUUGGUCCCACCCCGCUCUCACGACAUUGACAAACGAACAGAUUGUCGCUGAACUCGCUUGGACCAUGCAGAUCAUUCACGAUGUCACCGGAGUCACUCCCAACACUUUCAGACCUCCGUACGGUGAUAUCGACGAUCGUGUGCGUGCCGUGGCAGCUCAAAUGGGCUUGACACCAAUCAUCUGGUCUUCUAUCACUGCAAACGGAACAAUGACCAAUUUCGACACGACGGAUUGGAACAUUCCUGGUGGAGAAGCUACUGGAGAGACUGCUUUGGCCAAGUUUGAUACUAUUCUCGAUACUUAUGCCAGUCAGCUAUCGACGGGGUUCAUCGUGUUGGCUCAUGAUCUGUAUCAACAGACUGUUGAUUUGGCCGUGGGAUAUGUCUUACCAGGAGCCAUUCAGUCUGGAAAAUUCCAACUCAAGUCUAUCAUUGAAUGUCUCGGUCGACCAUUGUCAGAAGCCUACAUCGAGACUUCGUCCAAUACCACCGCCACCCUUAUCACCUCAGCCGCUUCUACCUUCUUCCAACCUACCGUCGGUACAGGUACAGGAACUCCCGUUACUCCCACUUCUCAAUCUGCCUCCGGAUCUGUCUCCGGUGCCGUCAGCGGCAGCGCGAGUACCAGCGGAUCCAGCGCCAGCGCAUCUUCGUCUGGCAAAACCGGUGCUGCCACUGAGAGAGCCUCGUUCAGUCACUUUGGGGUGGUGGCGGCGGCCCUGCUGGUGGUAGGGAUGGGAAUGACGAUGAUGGCUUAGACUGUUUCUUUCCCGUGUCACUUGUGUGGUCGGUAUAUGCCUUGAGAGUAUGAUGAAAUGUUAUUGACGGACAAUAUGCAUAAUCUGUUGCAUGCUGAUUGUAUG